AUGGCCUCGGAUAGGUCACCGCCCCAGAGGUCGCAGCAACACGUGAGCCCCGACUCUCCCUCCAGCGCUCCUGUUGCUGCCGGUCAACGACGCAUGCCCACCCCUGGUCAAUCGUCACGGACGGAAUCGGCCGACUCUCCCACUCCCCAAGGGGCCGCCACCGUUAAUGACCCGCCCACGCAACUCAUGACCACCAGCGCAUCUCCUUCGGAGGCCGCUGGUACGGAGCCUCCCAGCGCCUCCGCUACUCCGGCCCCUUAUGGCACCCGCUCCAGAGGCCGCAAUGCCGCUCCCCGUCCCAACUACGCGGAGGAUCGCGACAUCGACAUGGAUCUGGAGGUCGCCCAACCCGCCCUCAAAGCUGGCAAGCGGACCAGCGGCGUCACCCCUACUACUAACAACGCCCCAAAUGGCUCCAAACAAGAAGCCGAAAAGCCACCGUCGACUUCUUCAAACGCGCGAAAAAAUCAAACGGCGGUGAAUGGUGCCAACCCGGCCUCCGCCGCCAAAGAUUCAAUCCCUGGCACCUCAUCUUUUUCUGCCAAACCUGAGGAAACCGGCGGAUCGUCAAGUUCGAGAAAACGAAAACAGCCCGCCAGUUCGACGAAUGCCAGCACCCCGAAUGGCAAUGCAGCCAAGAAGAUCUUCACGACAGCCCCGGGAGCCACGCAGGGGCAAAGUGAAUCCAACAUGGUCUCUUUUGAGAGUCGCGGCGCGUACUUGGAAGAUGGUAAACUCACGGCAGACGAUGGCACCACAUUUGCCGUCAAUGACCAUGUCUAUCUCAUCUGCGAACCGCCAGGGGAGCCGUAUUAUCUGGCGCGUAUCAUGGAGUUCAUCCCUUCCAAAAACGCGCCAUCCGGCCCGAUCGAGGCGCUGCGGGUGAACUGGUAUUACCGGCCACGUGACAUCCAGCGCAAGGUGGCGGAUACGAGGCUUGUAUUUGCAUCGAUGCAUUCCGACACAUGCCCGCUCAGCUCAUUACGGGGGAAAUGCUACAUCGCGCAUUCGUCGGAGAUUGAAGACACCGACGAAUAUCGAAAGAAUCGCGACUGUUUCUGGUACGACAAGAUGUUCGACCGUUACAUCCAUCGGUAUUACGAGGUCAUCCCCACCAAAAAGGUGAUCAACGUCCCUGCGAAUGUCAAGAAGGUUCUGGACGAGCGCUGGCGAUUCGUUCUCGUGGAAAUCGGGAGAGGCAAGGAGUUAUGCAGUGCGGUCAAGACCUGCAAGCGGUGUAGCUUGUAUGCCGCGAGCUCCAACUCGGUAGACUGUGCUGUUUGCCACGAGACGUAUCAUAUGUUGUGUGUACGACCCGUCCUAACCAAGAAGCCGGCACGAGGAUUUGCCUGGGCCUGUGCCGCCUGCAGUCGAGCCCAAGAGCGCAAACUCGAGGCUCGAAAUACCCCGGUUCUCGGCGAAGCGCAGCCAGAGGCCGAGGAAGAAAUCAUCGAGGAGGAGGAGGAAGAACCCCAUGUCGUGAACGACACGGCCGGCAAUACUCCCGCACCCGUCGAGGAGGCGACCCGACCAGCUACGGAAGAACAGAAGGCGCAAGCUAGGAUGUGGCCGUAUCGCUAUUUAGGCCACCAUUGCAACGUGGAGGAUGCUCUCGACUACGACGACCGAAUAUACCCUCGAGCAAGUUCCCGAUUAGGUGGACGACACCAGGCUCAAGUCGCUGAGUGGUAUGGACACCCUGUGGAGUACGUCAAGGCCGCAGACACGAAGAAGAAGCCUCCGAAAGGUUCCAGCAGGGGGAAGGACGCGAGACUCACCAAGGAAGCCCACGCCGCCCAAGAAGCCGCGAAACAAGAAAAAGCCAAUCGACCGAAGUAUGUCCUGGAUGAGCCCAAGGGGUACGUUCCGAGAGGUGAAGAUAGACCGGUCACUGUCGACGGGAAGCAAGUUCGCACCGCGGAGCCGCUAUUCAAAAUGCCCACGCCGACUCAACUUUCGUCACGAGGCGAGGAUGACGCGCCCGGUACGGAUCUAAGCCCUGCCGACCGCGAGCAGUUCAUUGAUCGGUACAUGGCGCGGGCAAAGGAAAUAGCGCCCGACCUGGAUGAGCAACCGUAUUCCACAAAUUUCCUGGACAAGGCCUUGGAGCUCCUGUACUCCAAUAGCUUCGACGCCGAUGCUGCCUUGGCCAAAUUGAAGCAGAUGAACAAGUACAAAGACCUCAAGGAACCGCAUCUGCGCCCGGAAGAGGUCAAGCUGUUCGAGCAGGGCGUCGCCAAGUUCGGCUCGGAGCUUCGCCACGUGACCAAACACGUCGGCACGGUGCCGCAUCGUCAGAUUGUGCGCUUCUACUACACAUGGAAACGGACAGCUCGCGGUCGCCAAAUAUGGGGCACCUAUGAAGGUCGGAGGGGCAAGAAGGAAGCCAAGCGAAGCAGUGCUGCAAAGCUUGUGGAUGAUGUGGCGGACGACCAUGACGAUUCCGCAUACGAUAACGAGAAAGCCGCCGAGAAGAAACGCGGAUUCCAAUGCAAAUUCUGCUUGGAACGGACUUCGCGUCAAUGGCGUCGUGCCCCGGGGGUUCCGCCCGGCACCACGACGCCGAGUGAGCCGUCUUCCAGGCAGCGCGACAAAGGCCCGCAGCUUACCGUGGCCCUCUGUCUGCGUUGCGCUCUACUGUGGCGGAAGUAUGGCAUCCAGUGGGAGGGUGUUGAUGAGGUCGCCAAAAGAGUGAACCAAAGUGGCAACAAGUCGUGGCGUCGGCGCAUGGAUGAAGAAUUGCUGGUUCAACUGCUCCUCGGAACCGAGAUCCCAAUCAGCAUCAGUUCUGCGACCGCGGCCACGGCCGCCUCAAUUGGAGUCAUGGUGAACGCUAACCCCCAGGUUCAGCAGGACUCGACCAAGAAAAAGAGCCGCGUUAACAACGACAAGGACAGCGGAGCAACCUCGACGGCGACCUCGGUCGAGCCCGCGCCGAAGAAGAAACCAGCUCCUGAAAAGGCCCCCGAUCCGCCGCCCAUCGUUCCGGAUCCUCCCAAGGCCAAAACGCUCGCUUGCGCCGUUUGCAACAAAAUGGAGCCCACGGGCGACCAGCAUCUGUCCUGCAGAGAUUGCCGGUUAACCGUGCACCGAAGCUGUUAUGGCGUCAGCUCGUCCGCCAGUUGUGUCAAGUGGCUGUGCGAUAUGUGCUCGAACGACCGGAGCCCGAGGCUCUCCACUCGUUACGAGUGUGUCUUGUGUCCGGUGACCUGGACGGAACACGAGCUGAUGGAGGCCCCAAGAUCGACUCACAAGAAGAAGAACGAGCGAGACCGGGAGAAGGAGAGGCUAGAGAAGGAAAUGGUGAACGAGGCCAUCAAACUGUAUCGUCAAAGACAAGAAGCCGUGGGCAAACCGGUCGGUCCUCGAGAACCACUUAAAGCGACCACGGGGAGCAACUGGGUCCAUGUUACCUGUGCAGUCUGGACUCCGGAGAUCAAGUUUCGCGACGCUAAAAUGCUGGAGGUUGCAGAAGGAUUCGGACUCAUUCCUUCGGAACGGCAUCAAGAGGAGUGCAAAAUUUGCAAGUCGACCAGGGGAGCAUGCGUGCCUUGCCAUUUCAAUGGCUGCAAUGCCCGGUUCCAUGUUGGCUGUGCGCACCAGGAAAACUACAUCUUCGGGUUCCACGUCACCCCCGUCAAAGGCUCGAGAAGAGAUUCCGUGAGUAGCGUCAAGCUCGGUGAGGAGACAGGGGUCAUCACGGCAGGGAUCUGGUGUCCCCACCACACCGUGACCUCCGUUAUCCAUGAAAUCGGCGAACCAGCGGGUGAAGAUGGCGAAAACGCCCUUGCGCGGUUUGCUGAGACCUACAAGCAAGCGGACCUGAGCAAGACCGAGACUGAACGGAGGGCCGCGUCUGUCCAGCAAUAUCCUAGCGCGACCCAACAUGGAGGCGCAUCUGUGACAAGCCGCCGGUCGGCUUGUGCUGCCAAUGGCGUUGUCAACCCCCAACCGAUUACCGCCAAGGACCACCCGAAGAGCACCAUGAAAUCCCCCGAGGCUGGCCCGGACGAGAUGGAUAUCGAUUCCGACAAUCAUCCUCCCACGCGUAUUCUCGGUGGCGGGGACACGACGAAGAAAUGUGCCCGUUGUUCGAGCGCGUAUAGCCCAAGGUGGUGGCCCGUCGACAAGUCCCGGUUGGCGACGCUGGUUAACCACAAUACGCCAUUGCUCAACGGUGGAAGCUUGGGCGAACCUGCCGGGUCCAGAUAUUCGAGUGCCGCCUCAGCAAGUCCGCCGUACCUUCAUCGAACCCCCUCGCAGCCGCCGCUCCCGAAGCUCAACGGGGAGUAUAGCCCUGCAGAGAGGCCUGCGACCAGUCUUGACGGACCCGUACGCCCGCAAAGCCCCGCGCUGUACGAAUGCCAUAAGUGCCACCUCAAGAAAAUUGCGACCCAGCCGUCUCCUGAGCCACGGCCGUCUCCGUACUCCGCUCAACGGCCUGUCCUUCCAGCUCCUCGACUUGCCGAAUACCACGGUCACUCUUACGGACCUCAUGCGCAUCCUCCCCAGACAGGAGGCGUCCUUCCAAGGCCGAUCGGGCCCCCGCACAACGGGCACAACGCGCCAGAAUGGUACGCGGGAUAUGAGCAACGACCGAAUGACUAUGGCGACAAUAAGAUGCGCAACGGCAUCCCAAUGCCCGGCUAUCGCGGAGGACCACCGCCGCCACCACCGACGGCACACCACAUGAAUGGAUAUGCGCCUUCUCCUUCACACCACGCUCCUCCACCUCACUACGGCGGAGCUCAUCCCGCCCAUCCGCCCCAGCCGUACCCGGCCCAUCAGAGUCCUUACGGGCCCGUCCCCAUGCCUUCACCUCUUCCCUCACAUACGGCAGGACCGCGAGCGUACGCGCCAUCUGCCUCACCCCCGGAUGUUCAAGCGACGAUGGUUCGACACUCGCCUCCACAUUCGCUCAGCGCCUUGAACGGCGGGCCGCCGCCACGUGUCUAUUCCGUCGACCGCGUUCUCAAGGCACCGACCCAGUCGCCACCAGUUUCCCAGGCACACGUCGACCCCCGAGGACUUACCCCGGCGAAGUUGGAGGAGACGCCCGUCCUGGCUCCGGCCGCACUGACGAGCAGCAGUCGGCAUACCAACGGGACCAACGGGUCAUCUGGAGCCAGCGCCAGUCCGUCGUUGAAGAACCUGCUUUCCUAG